AUGGCUAAUCAUUAUGAAGUGCCCAAUUGGGCUGGAAAACCACCGACUGGACUACACUUGGAUGUAUUAAAAGGGGAUAAAUUGAUACAAAAACUGAUGAUUGAUGAGAAGAAGUGUUAUUUGUUUGGUAGAAACCCUCAGAUGAACGAUUUUUGUAUUGACCAUGCCAGUUGUUCGAGGGUGCAUGCUGCGUUUGUUUACCACAAACACUUGAACAGAGCAUUCUUAGUUGACUUAGGCAGCACUCAUGGGACAUUUAUUGGACAAAUGCGCUUGGAACCAAACAAGCCAACGCAGCUGCCUAUAGAUUCUAAUUUCCAUUUUGGGGCUUCCACAAGAAAUUAUAUAAUAAGAGAACGACCGACGGGCAACUCCCGAGGUAUAAUGGAGGACUUGCCCAACACAGAACAAGAAGGUGCGUUACUGGGUCUGCCUGAAACACAAACUGAAUUAGAUAAUCUAACAGAAUUCAACACAGCACAUAACCGAAGAAUAUCCAUGUUGGGUAUAUCUACUGAUGAUGGCAGUGAUGUUAUGAAGCCUCCAACUGGUACUAAGAGAUCAGCGUCAAUGCCGGGUGGUAUAGCCAAGAAACAAAAACGGAAUGUCUCCUUCAACGAGGAGGUGGACAUCAUCAACCCAGAGGACAUUGACCCCACUAUCGGCCGGUUCAGGAACUUGGUCAAGUCUACUAUAGUGCCAAAUCCUAAUAGUACUCCUAGGAAGUUGAAGCUACAAAGCUCUGAUGACAAUCAACAUCACCACUCACUGAGGCUGCAGGAGAUAUCAAGAGGUAACACCUUGUACUCCGACCUGCCUGCACCCAGCUCACACUUAAGUCUCAUUGGAGCUAGACUGGGCCUGUCGCUACCGAACCCCGCGCCUGAUGUGGAACUCGAAGGUCCGGAGCCACACCUCAACAUACAUCCACCUCUACCACAUACAGCUCCAGAAGAAGCAGGUCCAUCAAGCGAGCCUCGCAAGAAGAAGUAUGCCAAAGAAGCAUGGCCGGGUCGGAAACCUGGUCUCAUACCAGGAGUAUGA